CUCAACAUUUCCUUAGGUUUAGGUGCAUUCAAAUGGCUGGGAUUGUACUCAUUUUUGACUUUGACUCAACAAUCAUUGAGUGUGAUAGUGAUAAUUGGGUGCUUGAUGAGACUGGUUUAACUCAAAAGUUCUAUCAACUUCUUCCUAACAUGCCUUGGAAUCCUCUAAUGGAUAAGAUGAUGAAAGAACUUCAUUCAGAAGGGAAAACCAUUGAAGACAUUAUAGAAAUUCUGAAUAGGACUCCUAUGCAUCCCCGCAUUGUCCCUGCUAUUGAGGCAGCUCAUUCUCUUGGGUGUGAGUUGAAGAUAGUCAGUGAUGCAAAUGUUUUCUUCAUUGAGACAAUUCUGAAGCAUCAUGGAGUAUGGAAUUGUUUCUCAGAGGUCAUUGCCAACCCCAGCCAUGUCAACGAAGGGAGGCUCAAGAUUUGUCCAUACCAUGAUUAUCUCAAAUCUUCUCAUGGAUGCAAUCUUUGUCCACCAAACAUGUGCAAGGGAUUGGUGAUAGAAAGGAUCCAAAAUUCCCUUGAAGCAGCAGGAAAGAAGAAAGUAAUCUAUCUUGGAGAUGGAAGUGGAGAUUUUUGCCCUAGUCUGAAGCUCAAAGAUGGUGACUAUUUGAUGCCAAGAAUGGACUUUCCAUUGUGUGAUUUAGUUUCAAAAAAUUAUAACAAUAUAAAGGCAGAGGUGCAUGGUUGGAGAGAUGGGAAAGAGCUUGAACAUUUUCUUCUCCAUCUAAUCAACAAAGCUAUUGGUGAAGGAGACAACAUUAACAACUCCACUAGAAAUGUCUCUGUAAUUGAUUGCAAGUUGGAGUCAAUUCCAAUUGACACUCAUCAACCUUUGCCAAAAUCUCUUUCAUUUCCUCAUUAAAGGUUUUUUUUGGAUAUAAAUUUCGAAUAAAUUUGAGAAUUUCUUUAUUAAAAAUAGUUUUUUUAAUAAAGAAACUUUUAAAUUUGUUAUAGUAUCCAAACAUGUUUUAUAUAAGUUAGAGUAGUCGUUGCUUUUGCGGGGGAUGAAGGAUGUUAAUUUGUUACUAAAGCUAUUAUAUAGUGUCUUGUAGCCCUCAAAUAUGAAAAAUAAGAGCCAUUAUAUAGUCUCUUGUCAA